AUGGAUUCCUUUCAGUUACUGGAACUCAACGUGAUUUCGGCCCAAGACUUGGCUCCGGUGGGUCGCAACAUGCGGACCUACGCGGUCUGCUGGGUCCAUCAGGACCGGAAGCUCUCCACUCGCGUCGACACAGAGGGCCACACGCAUCCAACAUGGAACGACAAAUUCGUCUUCCGCGUCGACGAGGACUUUCUCUACUCCGACGCCUCCGCGAUCAUGAUUGAGAUCUACGCGCUUCAUUGGUUCAAGGACAUCCAUGUCGGUACCGUCCGCGUCCUCGUCGGAAACCUCGCCCCUCCGCCCUCCCGCCCUUCCCAUGACAACCGCACUCCUCUAGGCAUGCGCUUCGUCGCGCUCCAGGUCCGCCGCCCCUCCGGCCGGCCCCAGGGGAUCCUCAACAUCGGCUUCACCAUCCUCGACAGCUCCAUGCGCAGCAUGCCGCUAUACACUCACAACCCCUCCGCUGUCGGCUACCGCCACCUCAUGGGAGAGAAGGACGCCUACGACAGCCACAACCACCUUAGCCCCCACGUCCUCGCCGCGGCCUCCGGCACUCCCAAGGUCGAGCUCCGUCGCGCCAAGAGCGACAGCAGCUCCUUGAUCGCAGCAGAAGCCGUGGUGCGGUACAACCGAGCCGUGGCUAACCAUAAUAGAGCAAACUCCAACAUUUCAGGAUACGAAGUUAACGUGGAAAAUGAUAAGAAAGGAAAGAAGACGAAGAAUUCGAGGUCCAAGAGUGGCUCUGUUGAGGAUAGCGUCAUCGAAGAAACCACCUCGGUCCUCAGCGACACCGUUUCGCCUUGGAAAAUUAAAAGCGGAAAAGCGAGCCCCCAUGAUGAUGAUAUUCUCCACGUCGAGCAACUUUCGCCACCUCGUCACUACCACAACGACGUCGCUUACGACGAUUUUCAUAAUCAUCACCAUGACGACGACGCUCAUUCCGACAUUAGCGCCAGCGAAAACUUCAUCGUCGACGCCAUAGAAGAAGAACACGUUCCAGUUAACCCCGUCAUAUACGAAGUUCGUGCCACCCCGAAACCACAGUUUCGAAACUCUCCGGCGCCUCACUAUAUGAAUUCGCCAGCACCAAAAUUUAAGAAUUCUCCUGCGCCGCAGUAUAUGAACUCGCCGGCACCGCAAUAUAAGAACUCGCCGGCGCCGAAGUAUAUGAACUCGCCGGCACCUCAGUUUAAAAACUCUCCGGCGCCGCAUUAUAUGAACUCGCCGGCACCUCAAUUUAAGAACUCGCCGGCACCUCAAUUUAAGAACUCGCCGGCACCUCAAUUUAAGAACUCGCCGGCGCCACAGUUUAAGAACUCUCCUGCGCCACAGUAUAAGAAUUCUCCGGCACCACAAUUCAAGAAUUCUCCGAAACCGCAGUAUAUGAAUUCUCCGGCACCGCAAUAUAAGAAUUCUCCAGCACAACAGUAUAUCAGCUCUCCGGCGCCGCAGUAUAAGAAUUCUCCGGCGCCACAGUUCAAGAACUCUCCGGCGCCACAGUUUAAGAACUCUCCUGCGCCGCAAUUCAUCAGCUCUCCGGCGCCGCAUUUUAAGAAUAUAUAUGGGGCUUCUCCGAAGCCGCAGUUUCGGUCCUCGCCGGCGGUGGGGGCACCGCAGUUCCGGGCGUCGCCGGCGGUAUCGAAGUUCAAUCCGAACAGGGGGACACCAAUGCAUCCGUUAGGGAAGGUGAACAGUGCGUUUGAGUACAUGACACCGCGAAGGUCAAAUUUGGGGAACAUGGGACCGACAAUGAUAACAGAGUCAGAGCUGGGGCCUUCGCCGUCGGAGGUUGCGGCGGCGAUUGCGAGGAAGCCAGUGAUCGACGAUGAGGAUAACUCAGAGGUGGGAGGGUGGACCUUGGUCGAGAGCGUGGAGGGCUUGCAGUCAAAGUUGGAGAGGUGGCAGUCGGACCUGCCGCCGGUGAUCGAUCACGGCGAGCUCUCGAGCCACCCGACGUCGAGCACAAGGACGAGCCGCCACUCACGGAGGCAUACCGACGGUGGGAGUGCGCCGAGUGGGGCUGGGGGAAAGGGAGGGAAAGGGGGUGGGUUGUUCUCAUGCUUUAGUAAUAUCUGCGGUGUUGAGUGCUACAUUGGUUGCGGCGGCGACCCUAAAGGAAAGAAGGACCGCAGCCGCCGCAACCGCACUCCCUCCGUCGACGGCAAUACCACCAGCCUUCUCGGAUGA